AUGGACCUCUACCUACUAGUUUUCAUCGCUGCCGCAGCCUUCAGCUCUCUUGAAGCUGUGAACAUCGACCAUGACAAGGUGCAGCCGUUCGCCCAGCCCGAGCCGACCACGGUAUCCGAGAAGGCCGCCGUCAAGUUCAAGCCGAGCAUCCGAAUCCGAAGCGGGUGCCACCCGUACCCUGCGGUGAAUGCCGCGGGUGAGACGAGCGGAGGGCUGAAACCAUCGGGGGAACCUGACGGAGACUGCAAAAACUCUAGCCUGGGCUCGCAAGUGUACGGGCGAGCCGUGUGGUACAAGGACCUCUGGGCCAUUAUGUAUACGUGGUAUUUCCCCAAGGAUUCCUACGGGACCUUUUUCCGGUCGGGCCAACGGCACAAGUGGGCUAGUUUCAUCGUGUGGCUCGACAACCCUUCACUCGAGAAGCCGAAGAUUCUCGCCGUCUCGACUUCGUUUCAGACCGGGGAAUACCAGAUCCUAAAGAAUGGGCCGCCAGCUUGCGGUCGUCGGAGUUGCAGCCCACCUUUCACUGACUACAUCAAUGGCACUAGCGCCAUGCUAGCAUACCUGGAUACCUUCUACGGCAGUAUACUGGAGAUGACUACGGCAAGGACCGGUGGCGAACUCCAGGAUCUCAUCAUGUGGGAGCAGCUGACCGAAGAAGCGCAAAUUGCUCUGAACGAAACAGACUUUGGGGAGAAAGCCAGGGUCCCGUUCAUUGAUGCCAACUUGAACGCAAACCUCGAGCAGACUCGUUCGUUCCUUUAG